CCCGUUCCCAAUUCGAGGAUCUCCUCCCCCCACAGCAAGCCAACGAGAUGGGCUUCUUCCUAAACAACAUCAUCGGGGGCGCCCUGUUUGGUUUGGCAGUGAGGAUGUGGCAACUGGGGCUUGUGAAUAGGCCGGUGUUGAAGCCGAAUGAACUAUGGACACACGCAUCCUACAUGUUCGCCUUCGGCUGGGGCGGGUACGGCCUCGCCCACCUCGAGCUCAAAGUGAAUUCCCGCCUUGCAGAACUGCGCGACAUGCGGCUUCAAGCGAAGGAGAUCGCCUGGGAACGAGCGGCAGAGAGGCGUAAGCAGAUGGGCGUGCCCCCGGAGGAGGCGGAGCGACAUGUCGAGAUCGUGAGGAAGAUUAGGGAGUUGCAGGAUAAGCUUGAUGGGACGGCACCGGGGUCGCACUGAGUGGGAAGAGAGGAUGGGCUAGAGCGGUGGAGACUGCGAGAUGUCCUCGAAAGCGCUAGAAGCGCAAAUACACGCCGUGCAAGGCGUAACCAAUAUUUGCACGCUAAUGUAUAAGAGCCUUUCACCACCAU